CUAGGGCAGCGGUGCGCGGCGUCUCCGACCACUCAGUCCGACCGCGGCGAGCCAGCAGGCGGGUGCGCCGCCCCCUCCCCCGCCCGGUCUCCCAACUCUGCGGCGGCGAGCAAAGUUUGCAAGGAGGCGCGUGAGGCGGCCGGGCAGCUAGGCGGCAGCGGGGAAGGCGCGCGGUCUCUUGGUUGGGGGCGGGGGCUGGGGGGCGCCCAGGAGCCGAGUGGGGGGCGGCGGCCAGCAUGCGGGCCCGCAGCGCCCUGCCCCGCAGCGCCCUGCCCCGCCUGCUGCUGCCCCUGCUGCUGCUGCCGGCCGCCGGGCCGGCCCAGUUCCACGGGGAGAAGGGCAUCUCCAUCCCGGACCACGGCUUCUGCCAGCCCAUCUCCAUCCCGCUGUGCACGGACAUCGCCUACAACCAGACCAUCAUGCCCAACCUUCUUGGCCACACGAACCAGGAGGACGCGGGCCUGGAGGUGCAUCAGUUCUACCCGCUGGUGAAGGUGCAGUGCUCGCCCGAGCUGCGCUUCUUCCUGUGCUCCAUGUACGCUCCGGUGUGCACGGUGCUGGAGCAGGCCAUCCCGCCGUGCCGCUCCAUCUGCGAGCGCGCGCGCCAAGGCUGCGAGGCGCUCAUGAACAAGUUCGGCUUCCAGUGGCCCGAGCGCCUCCGCUGCGAGCAUUUCCCGCGUCACGGCGCGGAGCAGAUCUGCGUGGGCCAGAACCACUCCGAGGACGGAGCUCCUGCGCUACUCACCACCGCGCCACCUUCUGGGCUGCAGCCCGGCGCGGGUGGCACCCCGGGCGGCCCUGGCGGUGGUGGCGCGCCCCCGCGCUACGCCACUCUGGAGCACCCUUUCCACUGUCCCCGCGUCCUCAAGGUGCCAUCCUAUCUCAGCUAUAAGUUUCUGGGUGAGCGCGAUUGUGCCGCGCCCUGCGAGCCCGCUCGGCCCGACGGCUCCAUGUUCUUCUCGCAGGAGGAGACGCGUUUUGCCCGUCUCUGGAUCCUCACAUGGUCGGUGCUGUGCUGCGCUUCCACCUUCUUCACGGUCACCACCUAUUUAGUGGACAUGCAGCGAUUCCGCUACCCAGAACGGCCCAUCAUCUUUCUGUCCGGCUGCUACACCAUGGUGUCAGUGGCCUACAUUGCGGGCUUCGUGCUCCAGGAGCGCGUGGUGUGCAACGAGCGCUUCUCCGAGGACGGUUAUCGCACGGUGGUGCAGGGCACUAAGAAAGAAGGCUGUACUAUCCUCUUCAUGAUGCUCUACUUCUUCAGCAUGGCCAGCUCCAUCUGGUGGGUGAUUCUGUCCCUCACCUGGUUCCUGGCAGCCGGUAUGAAGUGGGGCCACGAGGCCAUCGAGGCCAAUUCGCAGUACUUCCACCUGGCCGCCUGGGCCGUGCCGGCCGUCAAAACCAUCACCAUCCUGGCCAUGGGCCAGAUCGACGGCGACCUGCUGAGCGGCGUGUGCUUCGUGGGCCUCAACAGCCUGGACCCGCUGCGGGGCUUCGUGCUGGCGCCGCUCUUCGUGUACCUGUUCAUCGGCACAUCCUUCCUGCUGGCCGGCUUCGUGUCACUCUUCCGCAUCCGCACCAUCAUGAAGCACGACGGCACCAAGACGGAGAAGCUGGAGAGGCUCAUGGUACGCAUCGGUGUCUUCUCGGUGCUCUACACCGUACCGGCCACCAUCGUCAUCGCCUGCUACUUCUAUGAGCAGGCCUUCCGCGAGCACUGGGAGCGCUCGUGGGUAAGCCAGCACUGCAAGAGCCUAGCCAUCCCCUGCCCGGCCCACUACACGCCCCGCAUGUCGCCCGACUUCACAGUCUACAUGAUCAAAUACCUCAUGACGCUCAUCGUGGGCAUCACCUCGGGCUUCUGGAUCUGGUCCGGCAAGACGCUGCACUCGUGGAGGAAGUUCUACACGCGUCUCACCAACAGCCGGCAUGGCGAGACCACCGUGUGAAGCGAUCUCGCCCGCCGGGCGCCCCCCUCUCCCAGGUCCGGACUGCACCCUGCCCUCCUUCACUCGGGAGGGGGGUGCACCCUACGGACUCCUCUAUUUUAUUUUUUUAAAUAAAGAACAGUAAAAACCAUUUUAUUUUAGGUCGCUUUUUAAAAAGAACUCUGCCCAACACCCCCCCCCCAGGUUUGUAAUUAAAACUGUAAAUAGUCUUUGUAAAUUUAAUUAUAUAUUUUCUAUUUAAAAGAAAAAAGAAAAAAAAAAGAUCAACGAGGGCGCCAGGGCUGAAGAAUGGGGUAGGGGUGGGGGAGGAGGUCUCGCCUUUUCUAAGUGCCCUUUUAAAAGCCGCCCUGUGCUCUGGUUCGAAUUUUUUUGGUGAUUUGGCAGGGCUGGGCCUGCUGGGAGAGGCACCUAGCCUGCUCGCUAUUUUUGUUGGCUUAAAGGAGUUAGGAGUUAGUUCCACUCAGCUUCUAUAAAAGCCAAAUUUGCAAGCCUCCUCACCGACGUGGGGCCUGUGGAAGCUGUUGGAUAUUUUUUAACAAGACUUGGAUUCGUUUUUGUUUUAUUUCCCGUUCUCCUGCUCCAUACCCCCACUCCCACCCCCGUUCUCCCUCCUCAUUUGUUCUGUCUCCCCCGCUCGGUAUCUGGAAACCUCCCAAUCCAGAUGCAGACGUGGAAAUAACAUAACCGCUUUUAGGGAGAGGGCGGAGAUGUGGGGAGGAAUGGCCUCCACCCCCCAGCCCACUCCCCGUGGGCUCGGAGAUCCUUCUGUGGUCUCAGCUCUGGCCCACGCGCAGAGAACGGGCAGCAAAACGCUUUGUGAAGUGUUUUGACAUGCCCCCAGUGCACACACCGUUUUAAGAACGACCCUCUUUUCCCUGGGAUCUUUGGCGCUUCCGUUCCCUUCUCUCCUGGUAGUCUGCUGUUCCGAGGUGGAAUCCAGGUUAGCUGUUUGUAGGGUUGGGUUGUGUGUUAUGUGUGGGGUUUUUGUUUGGGUUGUUUUUCUUUUCCAAAAGCAGUAAAAAUAGGUUGGGUUCGAGGGAGGGAAAUGGAUGGGCUGGUGGGACUUUUAGUUUUCUUUUGACAAAAGACUGGCCUUAAACAAACAAACAAACAAAAAUAAAAAGUUGUUCACGAAAACAACAAAGCCUAAUGGGUAAGUUUGCUUUAGAAGGCCUCUCUGGGCAGGCGCUUUGUGGCGGUGGGGGUGGGGCUGAGUGUUUACAUGGCAUUCUAUAUCAUAAGAUAGUGAUAAGAAUAUUUCUAACGUGUUUCUUCCCCCUGCACACAAGUAAAAGUAAGGAUUUUUGCGUAAGUCAGCGGCCCGAGAAAUGUUCUAUAAAGUAUCGUUGUUGGCAUGAGAAUUCCCGUUCCAGCAGCAGGCCUCGGUUCCCUCAACUAUGGAGUACUUUACAGUUUGUAUGCUAGAGAAGUGAUGUGAAGACCGGUGUGCUGCGAGAGCUCUGUCCUCAAGCGUCUCUCCUGAUUCUUGAUAAUAAAUAGUGCAAAUUAAAACCCAAUAAUCAUCCUAAUAAAGUGCAUUUAAUUAUCUUCA